AUGUCCGUCUCGGACCCCAGUCCCAAGGCCAACGGUCCCACCGUCCGGCCAGAAUGGAUAGCCAGCCUGCGCGCCUUCAGCCUCUCCCCCCUCGUCGCCGACCAAUGGUGCAACAACGACAAGGCUAUCCUCGCCGCCUCGCUUCCUGAGACGUUUGACGCUGUCAAGACCCUCUUCGGCCCCAUUCAGGCCGCUAUGAAGCGACUCCAAGCCCAGGACCGGCUUGUGAUGGACCGCAAGUCGUGGUUGCCCAGACUCACGGUGGAGAUUCUCGAGCUGGAUGCCGCGUCUGUCGAGUUUUCGACGGUCAACAUGCUGCUCUUGUUUGCUGCGGGCAUGCUUGGAAGCGUCGUGGUCACGCAUGCUAUUGGGACGCGGCUCAACACGCUCGCUGGGGCGCAUGUCUGGGACGACGUGGGGACAGAGAGCUGUCCGUACCGAGCCAGGGUCCCGAAGCGUAGUGCCACAGUGUAG